CCUACUCCCCAUACUCUGCGAUCCGCGCACGCGUGAGCGUGAACGAAGCCGCCGACCCGAACUAAUCGUCUUCCCCCAGUGCGCUCCCUCUCCCCACCCCAACCCCAACUACUACCAUCGAGCGCCACCAACUAAUCGUAGGAGGAAGCGACCCGGCGGGAAGCGAUCGGUCAUGGCGGCGGCGAAGAUAGCACCGUCGAUGCUCUCAUCGGACUUCGCCAAUCUCGCCACGGAGGCCGAGCGCAUGCUCCGCCUCGGCGCCGACUGGCUCCACAUGGACAUCAUGGAUGGGCACUUUGUUCCUAAUCUGACUAUUGGGGCUCCAGUGAUCCAGAGCUUGAGGAAACAUACCAAAGCAUAUUUGGACUGCCAUCUUAUGGUCACAAACCCUUCAGAUUAUGUAGAACCAUUGGGAAAGGCUGGUGCCUCAGGAUUCACAUUCCAUAUAGAAGUAACCAGAGACAACUGGCAAGAGCUCAUCCAAAGCAUUAAAUCGAAGGGUAUGCGGCCUGGUGUAUCAUUGAGGCCAGGUACUCCGGUGGAGGAAGUUUUUCCCCUGGUGGAAGCGGAAAAUCCGGUAGAAUUAGUUCUUGUGAUGACAGUUGAGCCUGGUUUCGGUGGUCAGAAAUUCAUGCCAGAAAUGAUGGAUAAGGUGCGUACACUGAGAAAUAAGUAUCCUUCCCUUGACAUAGAGGUCGAUGGGGGUCUAGGUCCUUCAACCAUCGAUGUGGCCGCAUCUGCUGGCGCUAAUUGCAUUGUGGCUGGAAGCUCCAUAUUUGGCGCUGCUGACCCUGGAGAGGUUAUAUCGGUGCUUAGGAAGAGUGUCGAGGGCUCUCAGAACAAAAACUGAUCUGUAAUCCACUUCUGGGCUGUAAGCUAGAUCCACGCUGCACGUCAAUCAUAUAAAAGGAUCCUCACGAUUGCACGGAGAAUUGUUAAGCGUGAAUAAAAGUUGAUGUUGGCCCUGAUGCCAUUGUCAUGUAACCACACGUUCUUUUUGAAAAAACCCCCGCAAAGCUGAGCUUUUGUGUAGCUUUUUUCAGUC